AUGCACAAACUAAAACGGUCGAUUCGGAACAAAUUGCAGUACCUAGGUGAUCACUAUAGCUUGCAAUGGGUCGGAUACGUAUUUACACCGCUGCCUACUCCUUUAUUUAAAAGGUUAUUCUGGCUGGCCACAAUAAUAGCCAGCUGCGUAUGUUCAGCUAAAGUACUACAGGCAGCAUUUUACCUGUACACUGCAGAUGCAGUAUCAUACUCCGUGGAAACAGACUACUUGGAGUGGAACACGCCUUUUCCUGCGAUGACCAUCUGUGAACAGCUCAAUAGGCCAAGGAUUACAAAAUAUCUCACCAAGAAUAAGCUUCCAUCUUCUUUGGCAUCCUUCAGCGAAGACAUCAGCUACAGAAACCAAAAGAUCUGCAAGUCCUGUACCACGUGUGUGAUGAACAAGACUUGUGUUCAUAACUUUCUGGACUUGGCUAAAGGGAUCAGGUUGGAAUGCUCGGAAUUACUUACCGACUGCUGGUGGGGAAAGAAGCCGUUUAAGUGCUGUGAUAGGUUUACGAGGAUUUCCACCGAGUACGGACCCUGUUACGUUUUCAACUCACGUUUGACCGGCAACCGCACAAUUAGCGUUAAUAGAAGGACCGGCCUUAAGAUCUUCAAGUUUACCGCCAUACAGGAUAUUUCUGUGAGGAUACAUUCGCCUGAUGAAAUGUUAACGUUGGCUUCAGAAAAUAUAAUGAGCAAGUGUAGUAACGUGCCGUUGAUGACUGAGGUCGAUGUUAUUCUGAAGGCUGAACAAACGAUCAGCGAAUUAUCUGUCCAGCGCAUAUCUCCAGCCAGUCGCGAUUGCCUAUUCAGCCACGAAAAACCUGCGUUUGCGCACCUCUGGCCUUUCCAAAUUUAUUCGUAUGGUGCAUGUGACAUGUAUAGCAGGGCUAUGGCACAGGCAGAGGGAUGCAACUGUACUCAUCAUUUUAUGCCGAAAUUAGGAAAUAUACCAAUGUGUGACAUUGAGGGGUUGGCUUGUCUCUACGAAAGGAAGAACAUUAUUGAUAACAUUUGGACUGAUAACUACGAAUGCCCGAUGGCCUGUGAAGAAGUUUCGUACAAAGUCUUACAUACGACAUGCCCGCGAUCGAGCAGUAAGCCAGGUGGAGUGAGGAUGACGUUCGGUCGCAUGCAGCUUGGAGAGCUUCCAUCUUUGAGGGUCCGGAGACAUGCUAUCAGAGAGUUACUUGGGCUUGUUGUGGAUGUGGGUGGUGUAAUCGGAGUAUUUUUCGGAGCAUCUCUUCUUAGCAUCAUAGAAAUUUUCUACAUUCUCUUCAUUCGUAAAUAUUAAAUUAUCGGUGAGUACUAUCUU